AUGGAAACACCUACGCUCCUGUUGGCUCUCCUGGAAAAAUGGUCCAAAGGCUUUCCCAAAGCCGGGGCAACACCCAACAACAUUCCUGAUAUAUGGACCGCCGCACUGAAGGCUGCUGCUGAUAGCAAACUGAUUCCCAACAUCCCCGUCGCCUAUGUCGACCCAAACCUCCCCGAUGGCGAGGGAAUUCCGACAUAUCCCAAAGGCCACGAUCCCAAUAGUGCUGAGGUGUGCUCCGCGACCGCCAAGUGCAAAAUACCUGGAGAUAUUUGGGAUGCGCCGGAAGGGCAACUGGCAUUGAGCUUUGACGAUGGCCCCACCGAUGCAACCGCUGACUUAUUAGACUUCCUCAAAGCCAACGGCCAGACGACGACCCACUUCAUGAUUGGCAGCAACAUCCUUUCCUCCCCUAAUGCAUUCAGCAAAGCGUUCGAUCUCAACAAUGACAUCGCAGGCAAGCUUUCGUUUGUUUCACAAAUGGCUCACGGAGAACAUUCAGUUCACACAUGGAGCCACCCAUUCAUGACCACGCUCUCCAACGAAAAGGUCGUCGCUGAGUUGGGCUGGACAAUGCAGCUGAUCCACGACUCAACUGGCGGAAGAGUUCCCCGGUUUUGGCGUCCACCUUUUGGCGACAGUGAUGUCCGCACCCGUGCGAUUGCAAAAGAGGUCUUCGGGCUGACGACGGUUAUCUGGAACAAAGACACUAGCGAUUGGGGGCUGACAGACAAGCCUCCAAGCAGCUCUCUCUCUAAAAUCAACGCUAGCAUGACCCAGUGGCUUACGGCGAAGAGUAAAUCGCCUGGAUUAGUCAUUCUCGAGCACGAGCUGACAAGUCAGAGUGUGCAAGCAUUCAAGAGCGCAUAUCCUGUCAUGAAGAGCAACAACUGGAACGUCGUGUCGCUCGCCCAGCUUUUCGGUAAUGGCAACGCCUAUCUCAAUGCCGCAGAUAACCGUGGCGCGGUUCCUCUUGUAACGAAUAUUGCGAAUGCGAAGAACGGGAACCCUUCCAUAUCUCAGCCACUCAGUUUAUCUUCUACUUCCGGCAGGGCAAGCACCUCUAAAGGAGGCAACUCGAUUCUUCCUACUUCAUCUACCCGCCCAUUACCAUCGUCGAGCGCCGCUUCCAGAGGGAAUUCCAAUGACGCAGAACGACUCCGAGCGGCAUUUCACAUCUGGUUGCCAGUUCUUUUCGGCGGAAUAGCUGGCCUAGGACUUGUGCUUUGUUGA